AAUGAAUAAAAUUCCUGAUAGAACAUAAAGACAAUCAGCAGAUGUUUUCAGGGGGUGUACGUUUCGAACGAAGGAGGAAAUAAAUGGUAACAAACAGCAAUAACUAGGUUUCUGAUGCAUUUAUAUUUUGMGUUUAGCAAAUCUGUGCCUGUCAAUUUAAGAGCCUAAAGUUCCAACCGUAAAUCUCGUUAGAUCCCGUCUGUUCUUACGAAGKUCUCACGAUACUUCUCUCUCUCAGUGGCGGCUGUGUUGCCCCCUGUCUCAGCCAGCACGGACGGAGUUGUUUCUGACAUUUGAAUGAAAAACAGUCUGAAUUGCUACCACUUUGGACAGAUGAAAUAAUGGCUUCAGCCUUGGAGCAGUUCGUGAACAAUGUGCGGCAGCUCUCUGCACAAGGUCAGAUGACACAGCUGUGUGAACUGAUCAACAAGAGCGGGGAGCUGUUGGCCAAGAACCUGUCCCACCUGGACACUGUACUGGGGGCCUUGGACAUCCAGGAGCACUCMUUGGGCGUGCUGGCUGUGCUGUUUGUGAAGUUCUCCAUGCCAAACAUCCCUGACUUUGAGACGCUCUUUUCCCAAGUCCAGCUCUUUAUCAGUACCUGCAAUGGGGAGCACAUCCGAUAUGCAACAGACACUUUUGCCGGCCUCUGCCAUCAGUUGACAAACGCCCUUGUAGAACGGAAACAGCCAUUGAGGGGCGUCGGCAUUCUAAAACAGGCAAUAGACAAAAUGCAGAUGAACACAAACCAACUUACCUCAGUUCAUGCAGACCUGUGUCAGCUGUGCUUGUUAGCAAAGUGCUUCAAGCCUGUCCUCCCGUUUCUUGAGCUUGACAUGAUGGACAUCUGUAAGGAGAAUGGCGCCUACGACGCAAAGCACUUUCUAUGUUACUACUAUUACGGCGGCAUGAUCUACACGGGUCUGAAGAACUUUGAAAGAGCACUGUAUUUUUAUGAACAGGCAAUAACCACUCCAGCUAUGGCAGUCAGUCACAUCAUGUUGGAGGCCUAUAAGAAGUACAUCCUGGUCUCAUUGAUUCUACACGGCAAAGUGCAGCAGCUCCCCAAAUACACAUCACAGAUAGUUGGGAGGUUCAUAAAGCCUCUCAGCAACGCCUACCAUGAGCUUGCUCAGGUGUACRCCACCAACAACCCWGCAGAACUGCGUACCCAGGUGAACAAACACAGCGAGACCUUCACACGCGACAACAAUACAGGCCUUGUCAAGCAGUGCCUGUCAUCCCUCUACAAGAAGAAUAUCCAGAGGCUAACAAAGACUUUCUUGACGCUGUCCUUGCAGAGCAUGGCAAGUCGAGUGCAGCUGUCAGGGGCCAGGAGGCGAAAGUAUGUUUUGCACAUGAUUGAAGAUGGCGAGAUCUAUGCCAGUAUCAACCAAAAGGAUGGCAUGGUCUGUUUCCAUGACAACCCGGAGAAAUACAACAACCCCGCAAUGCUUCACAAAAUUGACCAAGAGAUGCUGAAGUGUAUAGAGYUGGAUGAGAAACUAAAGUCCAUGGAUCAAGAAAUCACAGUAAACCCGCAGUUUGUGCAGAAGAGUAUGGGAACGCAGGAGGAUGAUGUAGGCAGCAAAACGUCAAGUUACUCCUGAGAGCCAUGGACRGGGGAGAACACUGCCACCCUUCAGGUUCUCAUUGGAUGACUUUUUUUUUAAAGUGGAAAAACAUUCUAUUGAGUAUGGACAUUGGUCAAGGAAAAUCUAAAUGUGUGGAAUGAUAAUUUGGUUAUUUCUUUCACGGUGUCUUGAGGAAACCUAAACAAAAAAACAAUUUUGUCAGUGUUUUAUUUAUCAUUGUUCAGGCGGAAGAGCCACUGCUGCAUUAUCAACCAUAAUAAUAAAAACUGGACUUAUUUGUUCAAAAAGAAUGUGUGAUAAAGCACCGUUUUUCUGUUGCAUGAUAUAUAUUUUUUUUUUAGGAAUUUCCUUAUAGGAUAACAUGCAACAUUUGAGGAAAUCUUAAGUCUCAUGUUUUGAAGAUCAGUAAUUUCCCUYGACCUGCAAGACAAAUUUUCUGGUAUAUCACAUGGAGAUUUGACAACAAAAACAAGGCUGUACUUCUGCCCAUGAACAAAUGUAGAAAGGCUAGUACAGCUUAAAAAAUUAAACAAUUGGUGCACUGUUUUUUUCCAUCCCCUAGAGGUCUCUCGUGUACUGUGUUGUACUGUAGUUUGCAUUUACUGCAGGUGGGAUGAGCUCUUGAGCUGGAGUCAUACUUAUCUGUUAUCUGGAAGGACUCAAGAAUACAUUGAUUCAGUAAAUUGACACAAUUUUGGAUUAAAUGGAUCACAUCACA